AAAGAGCAGUUACUAUCGCCUCAUAAAUUUCUGCUGUCCUUCAACUUCUGCUCUUUUUCCUGUAUGAAAGUCAGAUUUUUUAAAGAUGAGACGAAAUACUAGACGGAUCGGGGAAUGUUCAAGAUAUUAUGUAAAAUAGUCGGUCGGCUCAGAUCCAUCCUCUCCGGCCCUUCUAGCACCUACUUAAUAUUUGGGAUUUCAAUUUUGGCAGCUCCAACCUCGGGGCUCCGAGCUCAGUACUCUCUCCACACUCCAACUCCCGGUGUGCGCUGCUGUAAGAGGAGAGAGAGAAUUCCUGCCUGGCUCCGAUUUAUGUUGAUAUUUAAUUUUUAUAAAACUUCUCUCUCUCUCUGGGUCUCUCUUUAACGGCUUCUUUGAUCAACCUAACAGCUUCGAUGACCCGCCCCCCCACGGCUAUUUUGGCGAAGUGAUUGUUUUACUUGGAUAAAGAAAGAAACUACUUUUGGAGAAGUCCUCAGUGGUCAGCUACUUUUUAGUCUAUUCCUCCGACUGCUCUUGAGGGAACAUCCUUUGAGAUAUUUGUGUUUCCCUUGUAUCUUUUUUGUUUUGGAAGGGGGGUUGGGUUAAAAGGUGAAGCCCACAGGGCAGCCUCCCGCCGUUCGGUCUCGGCCAAAGUUUCUACCGGUCAAGUUUGAGGAUUGCCGAACGUGGGGAGCCCCUGGAAGCUGCUGAUUGACCGACUCCUCGCAGUAGCCACCCGGCAGGUCAGCCAGUUCUGGGAGGUUGUUGCCUCCUGAGCGCAAAUCGCCGCGGCCUCAGGCAGAGCGAGCAGUUUCUGGAGAGGAGCCUGGUGGCUGGAGCUGCGGAGCGGUGGGCGCCGGCGCCGAGCCGCACGCACCCGGCUUAGGCAGAGCUUCAUCACCGGACAUGGAUGAGAUGUAUCUGAGGGAACACCACCACCGCCACCACCACCACCAGGAGAGCCGUCUCAACUCGGUCUCUUCCACGCAGGGCGACAUGGUGCAAAAGAUGCCUGGAGAAAGCCUCUCGCGGGCCGGCGCCAAGGCCACGGGCGAAAGCAGCAAGUACAAAAUCAAGAAGCAGCUGUCGGAGCAGGACCUACAGCAGUUACGGCUGAAGAUCAACGGCCGCGAGCGCAAGAGGAUGCACGACCUAAACCUAGCCAUGGACGGGCUGCGCGAGGUCAUGCCCUACGCGCACGGGCCCUCGGUGCGCAAGCUCUCCAAGAUCGCCACUCUUCUGCUGGCCAGAAACUACAUCCUCAUGCUCACCAGCUCCCUGGAGGAGAUGAAGAGGUUGGUUGGCGAGAUCUAUGGGGGCCACCACUCUUCCUUCCACUGCGGGACCGUGGGCCACUCCGCCGGCCACCCAGCACACGCCGCCAACGCCGUGCACGCUGUGCACCCCAUCCUGGGCGGCGCGCUCUCUUCCGGCAACGCUUCGUCCCCGCUGUCCGCCGCCUCGCUGCCGGCCAUCGGCACUAUUCGACCUCCCCACUCGCUGCUCAAGGCGCCCUCCACGCCGCCCGCGCUGCAGCUGGGCAGCGGCUUCCAGCACUGGGCCGGGCUGCCCUGCCCCUGCACCAUCUGCCAGAUGCCGCCGCCGCCGCACCUUUCGGCUCUCUCCACCGCCAACAUGGCUCGGCUGUCGGCCGAGUCCAAGGACUUGCUCAAGUGAGCGGCGGACCGACCGGCUGCCGAGGCUGAGGGGAGAGAGGCGGGAGGGACCGCGGUGCUGGGCCAGGAGGGAAGAGGGGGGCUGAGCACUCGGCCGGCGGGAGGGUGAGCGUGGGGCCCUGCGGCCUCCCACGCCGUGUGAUCCCACUAGACCCCCAGAGGGAAAGGACCAAAACCAAACUGCAAUUUCUAGGUGGUAACGAAGGGGGACUGGAACCAGACGUCGUGUGUUUUGCAUGCAUGCUUCUUUUCCCCAUGCCGCGCCAGUAUUUCUCACUUACAUAUGCUCUUGUCAAAACUGCAUUUGUUGUAUAAAGCCGGGAUCGGUGUGGUUAAAAACUUGCGAAGGGACUUUAGAGUUGGUUUUCUCUGGCUCUGCGUUCUCCCCUUGGAAAAGACAACAUCCCUUUUUUUGCAAAACAAAUGUAAAUAUUUCCUUGAGAUGGAUGCAAUUAUGAGUGUCACAUCCUCUCCACAGUUGUUUUUCUAGAGACAGUGAGAGAGAGAAAGAGAGAGCGCGCGCGCGAAUUUGAUCAAGACCCAAGUUUUGAAUCUCAACUCCGGUCCAGGGCAUGACAUCUCUUAUGUGGGUUUUCCUUAAGACGCAGUGUAGGUCAAAAGAAUGCAUGCACGCUUUUAAAUGAAUCUUAUCUAAACAUGUUGUGCAGGCCAUGAGGCCAUUUUCCUUGUAACAAGGAUUUAUUAGUGAAUUCUCCCAAGUAUCCAUAUAUCUGUCUGUGGUUGUUUGAAAUGAAAAGAGGGGGGCAGGGUGCAAAAACCCAAACUCACGCACAGGCGCUUCUUCCCCCCACCCCACCCCCUUCGAACUCCAUUCCCAAACUCCAUCCUGUUCUAGGGGCCAGCUAUCACCAGAACGUGGGCUCCCUCUACUAGCUUGCCCCAUCCCCCACUUGCUCAGUGAUUCUGCAUGCGGGGUCAGCUCUCUCUAUCAUCAGCUUUGAAAAGUUAUUGUGGUUUGGGGAGGGGUGCUGUUUUUAUUUUCCUGAACAUUUGCUUGAAAUAUUUUGUUAGGGCCUCAAAGACAAUACCUGUCUUUAUUUUUUAUAUAUUCUUGAUAACUAUGAUAUAUUUAUUAAUAACCAGUGUUUCUGGAUGAGAUUUCAAAUAAAAAAGA